GUGUGCCAGGCUUGCAAGGACUUGGACCCAGAGGACAAGGCCAUCCUGGAAGGUGUAGCUGCAGUGGAGCGCGCACAUCUCCACGAUGUCGUUCUGUACCUUGCCCUCCCUUUCGAUGUCUACACCCUGGCCUGGAUAUGGCAUGGCAUUUCAAACGAGGAUAUGCUGACAUGGAAGCCGCUGGACAAAGUCCAAACUCCUUACCCGGCGGCAGCGAUGCAGCUGGCACUUCGAGUCUUCCACACAGGCCAGCAGUUUCCGCUUUUCAAGGUGCCUGACCUGGAGCUUUGCUGGCCAGUCUCCGGCCGACCGUCGGUAAGGGAGACCGGAGGUCAGCGGCGUGUAGGCACAGUGACCUCCAUCUCGGAAGGAUUGCACAGCAUCACAGUGAAGUACGACAAGGAGUCCAAGCAGUACGUGCCUGACGACGCAGGAUGCUUCCCUUUGGUCGAUGCCGCCAGGGAAAGUCAGGCGAAGGCCUUGACCGAUGAAGAGCUCAUCAAGAAUGGCGUCAGCAACACCAGCUCCUUGAAGAGUUACUUGACAAAGCUGGGGAUCGUUGCCCAAGACGGCCAAGACGGCACCAAACCGGAUCAAAUCCCCGGAAUUAGCGAAAGACUUCUGGCCCUGAAUCUCAAUGCCUUCGGCUCUUGGCAGGCUGGACCCAAGGAGAGCAGCUGGGAUCAGUUCCGCAUGAACGGCAUCUCCUUUGAUUCUGCAGCGGACCUUAUUGGCGGGCAGCUCCCUUUCUUGAAGGACAUUUUUGACGAGCGGCAGCUGGCUGCAAAUGUCCGGGAGCUCGUGCAGAAACAGCUUCAACUCCUUGUCUGCGUGGUUAAGAACCGGACUAUCGAGCCUGGCACCGUGACUGGAUGUGAUUCCCUCGUGGCAGACAUGAAGACUUUGAUCAGCUGCCCGACAGCCGCAGACCUCACAGAGCUGAUGUCGACAGCGCUCCCUCCUUCAGUCUCGGCAUGCAAGAAGGUCGUCACGACUGUCCCCGGUGCUCCAAGCACAAAGUGUGGCACAGACGUUUUGCUGCAGUUGGUCAUGACUCCCGAUUUGGCCAACGAUCUGGCAUACCUCAGCUCGGAAGGGGGCGCUCCAGACUCAGCGCGGGAUGAGGGCGAAAGCUUCGUUCGUGGCUACAACGAAUUGAAGAACACCCCGACUGGCGACAAUGUGCAGGUUCGGUCCUUGCUCAGAAGAGACCCAUUCGCUUCGGGAAGUGGUCUUCAGUUUGCUGCGCACUCGUCCGUCUUUCGCGACACAAAGAUGAUGUUCGCCAUGGCAGGUAUUGCGUCGGAUAUCCGCGACACAGUUCUCGGACAUAUUGAUGCAUGCUGGACCACAACAAGCACGACAACCUCGACAACAACCACAACUACCGGCGAGGUGAGGCCUCGCUUCUUCCAAAGUGAUGUUCAUCCCUUGAGGACUGCUGGCAUCAUGCUGCUGGCUGGGCUUUCUGUGACCGCCUUGUGCUACUACAGGCUGCAGAGAGCCGCGCCGGCGCGUGGUUUGAGAGCCAUUGAAAUGCAGGAGCAUGUUUAG